UGUCUGAAAGCAUGUUCCGAAAUUGAUAUUGGAAUCCCGUAAAACAGCCCUGCUCACCUGAAUGACUAUUAUAUUUCCCUUCCAACCUGCAAUUAAAUUAAAAGUGGCAUCCAGCGAGGGGAAUCAUUCCCCUCUGUUCUGAUGAAUGGAUUGCUUUGAAGAGGAUUUAGUCAACGCACUUCGAGAAAUUGUCAACAGUAGCAACUGGCAGUGUUUAGGAAAGAAAAGCAAUUUCAAAUCCCAGUGCACCAAGGUUUAUUCGGAAGAUGGAGAACAUAUCGUUCUUAUACGUACCGAAGAUGACCGAUUCUGGGCAAUGGAUUCAUCUUGUCCCCAUGAAGGGGGCCCUCUCGACCUUGGUGAUAUUGAGGACUUGGGUAACGGGAAACUGGCGUUAAUAUGCCCCUGGCAUCACUUUGACUUCUGUCUGGACACAGGUGAAUCCUCCACUGGACUUCAGAACCAAGUCUAUGAGGUCAGAGUGGUCCAGGACAAUGUUUACAUAAACACACAAAAUGCCCUGUCACUUUGUCCCAUUCCAGAAAUUAACACAGUGUCGUUGGGCAAGGAAUCACUAGAAGAUGUCAAGUCAGCUUCUACUGAAGACACACUUUGCUACUGGGCAACAAAAAUCCUCUGCACUCCAGACCCCAAAGACAAGGUUGCGCUGACGCAGGAAGUGCUGGAGCGGUGGAACUCUGGGAAGAUCACAGAGGUUGGCCAGUCAGUGCCGCCAGGUCAGCCCAGCCGGAAAGACAACCUGACUGUGCUGGAGCCUGGGAAGAUCAAACGGGGCAAAGGGGGGACUCUGGCCAGCAGGAUUGCCCUGUUGCACUCUCUGGCUAAUAUUGAGCAGUGGGCUAUCGACCUGUCCUGGGACAUAAUUGCCAGAUUCUCUUCAUUCACACUGAGCUCUGGAGAGCCCCUGCCCCGCCAGUUCUUCAGCGACUUUGUCAAGGUGGCCGGAGACGAGGCCAAGCAUUAUCUCUUGCUGGAGCGAAGGAUCAUGGAGCUCGGCAGCUAUUUUGGUGCUUUACCUGUGCACAAUGGACUCUGGCAGUCUGCGACAGACACAUCACAUGACCUGCUGGCCAGGUUGGCUAUCGUGCACAUGGUACAUGAAGCCAGGGGUCUGGACGUGCAUCCACAGACUCUAUCACGUUUUGCAGCACAAGAUGACACGAGCUCUGUAAAGGUGCUGGAGGUUAUCUACAGUGACGAAAUCACCCAUGUGGCUGCAGGACUGAAAUGGUUUACGUACAUCUGCUCAGAAGAGGGACGGGAAUGCUUGUCAACUUUCCAUGCUUUAGUGAAACAGCACUUCAAAGGAUAUCUGAAGCCUCCUUUCAACACAGAGGGAAGAAAAACAGCAGGCAUGACAGAGGAGUGGUACGUUCCUCUGGUCAAACCUUCCAGCUGACUGAAAAUCGCCUCUCUUGACAUCAUGCUACAUCAUGCUACAGCUGAGUGUGUGCCUUACCUAAACACACAAUCUCAUCAUCCCAGCUGUCUGCACUGUAGUACUGCACAAGAACAGUGUUACAGUAAAGGUAUAGCAAUGAUAAUGCAGUCAGUAGUUUACCCUCUGUAGAGCUGGCUUAGAGAACAUGGAGAAAGGGUCUAUGACGGUGUGCAAUGUCUAAGACAUUCAUUUGGAAGUUCUGCAUUUGUUUAUUGAAUUUAUUAAAAAUCUAGGACCAGUUAUGACAGCGUUGUGGAAUAAAAUGAUAAUGACAGUAUCUCACAGCAGCUGCCUUAUGAUGUCAGUAAUCACUCAUCGGUUUGUCUGCGUCCCCUGCAGUGCUCAAUCAUAAAUCAUGCAAAUCCACAGAACUUGCAGUACUGUUGCCUAUAAUUCUUUGUCAUAAAACAAUGAAAAUAC